AUGGACUCCUCCUCAUUUCAGAAUUUAUUUAUUUUUCACUUCUUAACCUUGUACUUGUCUUUUAUUUCUUCUGUUCUUUAUUUUUAUCUCUCCAUUUUUUUCUUUCCUCUCUUUCUUUCUCUUUGCUUUUCUCUCUACUCUCUUUUCUCUCUCUCCUCUUGUCUCUUUUUUUUUCUCUCAAUCUCUCCACUUUUCUCUCUUUUAUCUGUAUUGUUCUCUCUCCUUUUUUUUCUCUCUCUCUCUCCUUUUUUCUCUCUCUCUCCUUUUUUUUCUCUCUCUCUCUCCUUUUUCUCUCUCUCUCCUUUUUCUCUCUCUCUCUCCUUUUUUUCUCUCUCUCUCUCCUUUUUCUCUCUCUCUCUCUCCUUUUUUCUCUCUCUCUCUCUCCUUUUUUCUCUCUCUCUCUCCUUUUUUCUCUCCCACUCCUUUUUCCUUUCCCUCUCUUUCCUUUUUCCUCUCUCUCUCUCCCUCUCCACCACCACCAAAAAAUAA